AUUGAUAAAAUCGAAUGUAUAAAUUUAGAUUGGAUAUGAAACGAUACAUACGGUUUUAUGAACGUAAUUAUAUUCUCAUUGGAAUGUUGAAAGACAAAUGAUUCGUAAGGUACAACAGUCUUUCAUACACGCGGUAGAAAAAUAAACGAUCUAAAUUUACGGCAUACUUCAUAAAUGCUUCAGGAAAAGCGUUGCCGGUCGGUUUUUGGCCGCAACGGAUUUUAGUUUUGACGGGGAGACGUCGUCGUCGCGACGCCAAUUAAUAAACGGGCGAGACAGAUUGUUGCGAAACAGCGUGUCCCGAGAGUGCCGACAAGGGUGAAAUUGCGUGUGUUCUAUAUCGAUCCCUUUUCCUGCGCCCCCCGUUUCGUCAUGUAGUAAACUAGUUAUUCACUACCGUCCGGGCUAAUUUUAAAGCGGCCUUUGUUAAAGUCAGACCUCAGAAAUUUAUGACAAAAAAAUUCUCUGGGUGCUUCGAUUUGAAACACAUAAUGUGGCCUUAUAUUUCACGUACAGUGAUGUUAAAUUGUUUAUGAAAUAAAAAGUGAAUUUGUGGAAUUAAAAUUGUUCUUUCAUUUUACGAUGCAGAGGAUACUUAGUUUGGAAACUAGCAGAAGUCCCAAUACUAGCAGUGAAUUUGUAUCGAAAAGACUUUGUUUUAGUAUUCUCUUUUCAAUAGCAUUUUUAUUUUUAAUAGCAGGGUAUUUGUUAGGAAGGUAUACAACGGAUAGAGCAAUUUUAUUGCGUCAAGCUUAUGUUAGACAAAAACUUUUCGAUGAAAAAAUUGACAAUUUAAAAAACAUAUCUGAAUCUUUAAAAAAAAUAAAUUUAAUUCAUCUUCAACCAAGUCAAAAUAUUACAUUUAUUUACGAAGAAUGGAACAAUUGUGUGAAGAGUAAAAAUGAGUUGCCUGAGAUUAAAGAAGACGCUAAUGUGAUGAUAAGUAAAGUUCUUAGAACACACUUGGAGAAUUUAAGUAAUUGCUAUAAUACGGUGGAAAACUUGUUACGAAGUAUAGCAGCAAAACAAAAUCAAUGAGGAUAGUUGUUAAUUUUUAAUAAUUUUUAGAAUCAAUUAUUGUGAUUUUAGAUUUUUUA